CGUUCCAUAGCGCGUCACAUGAUUUGAGUCUUGUGACAAUCCAGACAGAAAGGGGCAACGAAUUCUGAGUUUACAAUUGUUUCUUGAGCACUAGUGAUUGGAGAGGUUCUUUUGACAAGAAAGCACAUAAUGAGGUGAUAAGAUGGCGAUAUUUUAGACAUUUCCCUGAUUUUUAUAAGCAUCCUCCCUUUCGACUGAACAGUCCGCGAUUGUUUCGGGUGGUGCAGUCGGGGACAAAGUUGGCACAUGGAGAGAGGCGAUAACUUUAAUUUUUGCGCGUCGUGUUUUCUUUGUUUUUUUGUACCCAUCCGUGCCUGCGAAAGUCGUAUGACUCGAGGCAACACCGUCUAAGUAAAUCCAAUUUGUGUGGAAAGAAGAGGGCCAGCCAAGUCAAAGAAAGAGGAAGAUAACUUGAGUACGCAACAGAUAUGGACAGUAAACCUCUUCUCCAAGACCGUCCUCCCGCUUAUGCUAACGUCGUCCCGGGGGCGUAUGAAUAUGGCCAGCAGCACAAUUAUGGAGCUAUCCCCGCCCCAACCCCUGCACCCCCGGGCUUUCAACAGCCGCCGCCGUAUCAGUACCCCACUGGCCCAGGGUUCCAAGAAGGCCCCAGUGCUCAGAUGGGCCCAGCCAUAGCCCAGCAGCCCUACCCAGGCACAUACACCAUCAUCCAGCCCUCCGUGGUGGUGGUGGGGGGCUGCCCGGCCUGCAGAGUGGGCGUGCUGGAGGAUGACUUCACCUGUCUGGGCAUCAUGUGUGCCAUCUUCUUCUUCCCCCUGGGGAUCCUCUUCUGCCUGGCGCUGCGCCAGAGGAGAUGUCCCAACUGUGGCGCCACCUUCGGGUAGAAGGACCAAACUGUAGCUAGCUCAUCCUCUCACAGCCAAGCUGGUUCUUUUUAACUUUGUUGUUUAUAAUUAUUACAAACUGAUGAUGCCAUGUAUUUUCUUACAACGUUUAAGGAUUAAGUAGUCGCCACAAUGAACUUAUAGCCAGCCAUUAAUUAUGAUAAUAUGUGUACAUGCUAGGAUAGAUGAUUUAGGAGUAUUAUCUAGUGAAGAAGCCUGAUCUUUGUCUAUCUACUGCUGGUGCCUUUAUUACUCUAUAGAGCAGAAAACACACCAGGGGCCAUAUUCCACAAAGCGUAUCAGAAAAGGUCCUAGGAUCCUGUCUAAGCCAAAAACAACUCCCAGCUCAGAGUAGAUUUUAGGAUGAUAAGACACUGCUCAGACAAACUCUGAGCCAGGAGUAAAAUCAACUCAUAAAAGUUUCUCAGUUGGUAAUCACGACAGUUUGAGGUACCGCAAAAGAAGGAUAGUGAUGACGCUCGUUGACAUUUUUGCAAAUGAUGAAGAAUAAGCAAUCACGAUGAGGCACUGACAGCUGUAUAGCACGCUUCAGAUAACUACGGUGAAUGUGACUGUACAUCAGAUGUUGCAAUGGUAAAACGUUUGAUAUAAUUUGCCUGACACGAUCACUUUAAAUGUUUCCUAAUAUGUUGGUUUGCGUAAUAUUUUUGGGACCAUUUCUGAUAUUUUGAAUAAUGUGAUAGGCAUAUUGAAUCAGUGUUUCACAGCUGUUAAAAGCUGAAUGUUGAUAAAUAUUAAAGUUAUUUCAGCACACUCCUGUUCAAAAACUCAAAAUAGCUUUGGCACACUAGGCAUCAAGUCACUUGCCGAUAAUUUUGCAUAAAGCGUUUCAAAAAGGUCUAUAAUUUUUACCAAACAGAAUCAAAGUUAACAGGCUGUAGAUGCUUUCAAUUGCCCAACCCAUAGGCAUGCCCAAUUUAGGCAUCUUGUUUAAAGCGCUAACUUCAAAUGACAUGAUGUAGGUUAAUGAAAUAAUUGAAAGAAAAAUGUGUGAUUGUUUAUUAGCCUAGUGGUUAUAAGUAUUUAGGCAUAGGCUAUCAUGUGAAUUAAGCCUUGUGAAAUCAUUGUCAAAAGCGCAAGAUACAAGGUCUAGAUUAUUUAUGGAUCGAUCAUAUAGAAAUAUCAAACUCCAAAGCAAUUGCCUGUCAAUGGCCACUGCCUUUUUCUAUUACCAAGACACCUGUUGGUAACUCUUAACUGGUUAGGACAGCUCAUGAGGUCUCCUAAAUAUCUGUUGACUAGGUGGGGGACUAUUAUGACUAGAGGCUUCAUGCAUAGCUUUUAUGUUGACCCAUAAGAGUAGGAGUAAAAUGUCUCUAUUCUCAGCACUUACCACCAAAUGUUUUACUCUGAGAUGCUUUGUGGAUACGCCCCAGGGUAGGAGUGCUGAUCUAGGAUCACAUCCUCCCUGUCGACAUAAACCUUGUGCAUUAUGAUUUAAAAGCCAAACUGAUCCUAGAUUGGCAUUCCUACACUGAGGAUCUUUGUGAAUACAGGCCCAGAAUGGGAUUGUGAUCAUUAUGUGGCUCAAGACGUGGAUCAAUAACGGGUAUGAUUCUGAUAGAUUGCUUUUAUAUAGGUCUGCAGACCUCAGAGUUUCUUAUUGGACAAGACCAGGUAGUCCCUCCCUGUUUCAGUACAUUUUCUACCAUUUGCUGCCUAAUGAACAGGGAUCUCUGUUCCAAUAUCCUUUAAUGUCACACUAUAGCAUACCACACCACUUAGAACAUACAUUUUUAUUGGGCAUGCAUUCUAAGUAGCAUGGCUAUUCGGACAUAGCUUAACAGGUUGAAGCGCCCUACACAGGCUGCAGGAGUUCACCCAGGUCAAGUCAGGCACCACGUCUUUGACCUUUGACCUACAACCAAGCAGACUCAGCCGAGGGAGGUGGGGGAAGCAAAGCAUGCAGCGAGUUUUUGCAUAAUACGAGCAGGUUGGCGUGUAAUCUCUGGAUAAUGUGUAGCUAUCUUAGUAUUCUUCUCAGUGACAACUCAGCCCCCUGCGAUCCUCCCUGCAAUGGACAAUCAACCAAGAAUGUCUAUCUACCCAUAUGUCUCUUUACCAUCCGUAGGGUAUUGUUACUGUCUAUGUCCAAUUGGUCCAUGUCAUGUAAUAAAAUUGUAUUAUAUAUGGGGGGGGCGUGUAUUUUAAAUUGAUUUGCUUUGAAACACUACGCACACUGUCAUGAUGGAGGUCCUUAUUUUUUUAUAAAAGAGUUAUUGUAAAUAAAGAAACAUGAGUGCG